GAAUGAACAACAGGCAGAAAGAGUCGACGAAGAAGAAGAAAGAGGAAUCCAAAAUGGCGGCUGGGCGACAAUAAAACGAAAAUAAAGUUGUCUGGAAAUUUCCGUGUAGAAUUUAAAAUGUCGCGUGAGUAAACUCGCAGUUAAGUUGUGUUUCAGUGUAGUUUUGUCGUUUGAGAGGUAAAGGGAGUCGAGUUUUGUGAAAACUGAAUGCGGUUCGGGAUUUUUGAACAUUUUUUUUUUGACGCCUUCUUCUUCGUCGUGUGUUUGUUAAACCUGUUAAAGACAUUAAAGAGAUAAGCGGCUAGUGAAGACGGUUUGGGAAAGUAGAAUAUCCGUGACCGAGAGUAAAUACUGCAGCAUGGAGGAGAAAGGAAGGAGCAGGGAGAGCAGCAGCAGUAGCAGCAGUAGCAGCAGCAGUGGCAGUGAGUCGAGCAGCGGGCCCUCUUCCCCCGCCAGCCCCGGCUCCGGAGCGCCCAAAGCGGGCAGCAGCAGCGCCGCCGCCGCCGCCGGAGGAAACGCCUUCGCCAACGACGGCAGCUUCAUGGAGCUUUUCAAGAAGAAGAUGGAGGAGGAGCGGCGGAGAAAGGAGCUGGAGGACGCGGGAAACGGGCAGGCGACUGAGGACAAGAAGCCCGUUAGCGUGGCCAGCUUUGUGGGCAAGCGCAGAGGCGGCGCCAAGCUGGCACUCAAGACUGGAGUGGUGGCCAAGAAGCAGAAACUCGACUCGGAGGCUGAGACGGGUAAAGGAGACGCCUGGUCUAAGUACAUGGCCGAGGUAAAAAAGUACAAAGCUCACCAGUGUGGAGAUGACGACAAAACCAGACCUCUGGUCAAAUAGACUGUGGCUGAGCGGCGUGCGACGUGGCAUCCGACCCGACACACACACACACACUCACACACUCACACUCUCGCAGCCCAGGAUCAGUCACGCCCUGCGCUUCUCUUCUAUCCUCUCCUACUUUCUGUCCUUUUCCUCUUUUGUUUAUAGGUUUCCAGUUUUAGCGUCUCCACCCUGUGCAGUGUGUGUCAGGUGAUCCAGAUGCUUUUUAAACGCAUCAUUAUGAGCAUCAUCUUCAUCAUCACCAUCAGUGUUGAUGUUAGAGAGAGAGAGAGAGAGAUACUCUGUGUUGUGUUGAAGUAUCUGGACUGAUGUCACACCUUUUUUGUCUUUUUGUAUAAUUUUUGUUUUGUUUGUUUCUUGGUAAUCUAUAUCACCUGAAAUCAGUGGUUUAAAAAAAUUAAAAUGCUAAGCUAUGAAUAGAGUAGUGGCCAGUCGGAAUUUUCUCUUUUGUGUUCCUCAUGGUGCUAAUUUACACAAUUGAUCCAGUUAAUGAAAGUGAUUCAUCGAAUCAUUUUCAGUCAUAAGGAAUCAGUAUACAAGUCACACAUACACCACUCUGUGAAGUUUGGGAAUCGUUUAUACGGUCGUUGAUUUACAUGUUACUAAUUAUGUGCAGAUUUUUGACAGUUUGAAGCAGCAAAUUAAACGUUUUGUUUCAGACACCUGACUCUCCCCCCGGUGCUUUAUAGAGUUACUUGUCCCCUACUGGCCCCUCCCUUUGACAACACAGAAACAAAUCUGACUGGUGUGUGUUAUGUAUCAGAGGUGUGUGUACAGGAAUUUCAGCAUUGUAAAGAUUAAUUAUGAUUUAUAUUGGUAAUAUAAGGAUGUCAGAUUGGAGACUGGUAGAUUAUUAUUAUUUUUUUUUAUAAACCUGAGCUAUUAUCCUUUUAUGGAUAAUAUUUUUUGUGUGUUGGAGACUGGAAUCAAAACCAUUGAGGGCAAAUAAAGACACCAGUCUGUGCUGUGCUGAUCUUUACAGCUUCUAUGAUCACCACAGCCUCCGGUGUUAGCGGGACAUGAUGACCCUGACCAGGAUAAAGUGCUUACUCAUGAUGAAUGAAUUCAUUUUCCUUGUGAUUAAUUAUGUACCGUUUUUGGUUGUUUAAACCUUUUCAGUAUGUAGGUACAAGCUAAUUCAAUUACAGCUUGUUGUGAGGAGCUAAUUUAAUUUAGUGUCAAAACAGUAACAGGCCAAGCAUAAUCCAAGUGGUGACUAUCAGGAUUGUUGUGAUUUUCACUCGGUCAGAAUCGCAGAGACUGAAAAUCAGCCUGAUAAGCCCCGCCCACUUUACAUCAACCUUGGAGAAAUUGUAGCAAGGUUCACGUAGACCAGGGGUGUCGACCGUACAUCCUGAUAAGUUCUAAUCCCACCCAUAAAUGAAUUUCCAAUCUAAAUAAUCUCCAAUCUUCUACAGUGAUCUUGGGCUAUAACAGGCUACGUGCCGUGUUUUUUUAAAUAGCGCAGCUCUCUCUUGCGUUUUCAGCAACAUUGUUUACAUCUGUGCUUCUCAGAGUGGGCUCCAGGGCUCCAUGAAGUAUAGGCAGGGGGUCUGUGAAUUUCAUUCAUUCUUCUUUAUUAUUCUUGUUUAUUACUGUAAUCUGUAACCCACCAACAUUUUUUAAUAAAAUGGAUUCUGUGGGUGUAAAGUUCAGGGGAAAAAGGCGUCUCCAAUAAACAGACAAAAUAUUAUUGUACACGUUGAAGUACUGUGCCUGAGAAAAAUUUUUGAAUUGUUUGUAAAAUAAAUCUGUAUGAAGUGGUCUA